ACGGACCAUAACGUCACAGCCCCAUGACGCACAGUCUCCGAACGCCGGCUAUAUAGGCUGAGUGACGCAGCCGGCUAUCAAAACAUGCCAUUCUAAUCUAUUCACUCCAAAAAGCAGCCGCCGUAUCGAUAGGGAGACAUGGCCAGUGCCGCCGCCGACCCUCGGAGUUCUGCCAAGGUUGCCUUUCAGUUGAUUCCCUGCGCCAGCCCCGGAGCUGUUUGCUGGAGCGAACUGAUCCCUGGAUAAGACCCCAGAGGUCAAAAAUGCCUCCUCACUUGUCCAACGAGUUGGCCUUACAGCCAAAAAGUCUAAACAUGCCCUCUGUUUGCUGUGAUCACUUUGGACUCAUGAUGACCAAAAGACUACCUCUGGAAUCAAGCCCAUCCUCUCCUACUGGCAAGCUUGACAAUACAGCUAUGCUUCUUGGACGUGUGGCUAACCUUGCAAUGUGCUGGGUUAAGAAAUGGUUCCACCUUUGGCGGAAUUUCUCUGGAGCACUGAUGAGGGCUAUACAGAUGGGCAUUGCCAAGGGGGCCUGCAGCCUGGCUGCCGCAGCCUCUUUGGAGAAAGUAAAGAGACCCUCGGGAGACAAAGACAAACUUGGGAGAGAUAAAAGCAAACUAGAUGAUGGAGAGAAGGUCAACUGCAAAGUUGACCAUCAAAGGUAUCUUAUCCUGAGUAGCCUUGAAAGCUGGUCCCAAGAGGAUGUAGAAAGAUUAAUUGAAGAUGGACAUUUUGGAGAAUGCUCAGAAGAGUUUUUCAGUAAUGCUAAAAUGGCUAAGAUGGAUUUGGAAGAUAACACUGCAGUGUGUCUAAUACGUCGUUCCAUCUCCUUUGACUUUGAAGAUGAUUUGGAAAGCUCAUCAGACGAAGACAUGGGACUUGAGGAUGCAGAGUAUCCUGGGAGUUUCCCCCAGAAUUCACUGAAAGGUUUGGGUAUCAGGGGAUAUUUUGAAGAUUCCUGUAGCUCCUGUGAAGAGUUUGGGGAUUUUGAAAAUGAUCUUGAAGGAGAAUCUGUGGAAAGCGUGGAGAGUCCCUCUGUUUCCCGGGAACGCAGGGAGAGUGUCGAACAUAGUGGGGAUUUUGUGGUGUUUGAAGAACAAAGCAUGGAAAGUACAUCAGAUUCUUCAGAAUGUGGGGGAUACCUGUCACAAUACGGGAAAGCUAAGGAGAACUUGGGAACACCUAUCAUCUCUUGUGGCUUCAAGAACCCCCUUGUGGUCUCUUUGUUCUACAGUCCAUCAAAGGAAGAUGAUGAUGAUGAUUCAGAAGACUGGUCAAGUGAAGACGAGAUGGAAGAGACUGGUCAGUCGUAUUUAGAUGGUGCUGUUUUGGAAAAUGGAGAUAGUUCUGCUGCAGAAAAUAAUUCUCAACAGCAGGAUUUUCCUGAGAAUUUCUGUGGAUCUUCCUUCCCCAACAUGGACCCUUUGCAUUCACUCUGUGUUUCCAAAUCAAUUCAGCCAGCCAUCUUCAACCCACCUGAGCCCAAGAAGCACAAGGAAAUCACAGUCUCCUUUCAUUUAAGAAAACCAGAUUCUAAGCCGGAAGAGUUUUGUAAUCCUCCCAAACCAUCUUCCCCAAAAGACCGAAGAUCUGUCACUGGGCAUGUACCUCACCAAUGCUGCCAGUUGGAAACUGAAAGAAACUGUGACUUGGUCACCGUAGAAACAUCCUUAGGUUCCCAGAAGGAAAGCCAGGUGGUUAAGAAGGUUCAAUUCUCUCCUGAGGUCACUAUCCAUACACUGGUGGUCUGGGAUUAUGCUUCCCGAGCAGCUCGCCGUGGCCCCUGGGAGGAAAUGGCCCGUGAUCGCUGUCGUUUCAAACGCAGAAUUACAGAGGUGGGAGCCAUCUUGGAGCCUUGUCUGGAGAGGGAACAUCGCGCCAAAGCAUGGAGGAAGAUCCAUGGGGCUUUGGGCCUUGCUCGGCCAGAAAACACUGACAAUACACUUCACAGUUCAGCUGGGCAGCAGAAGCUGCCGGCCUAAACAAAGCUGCGAAUGAAAUGGCUGCUCACAGUGGUGCCUGUGAAGCAGUCUCUCUGCGCUGAAACACAGAUGAAGGAUGAUGGGAUUUUUGAUAGCAAAAGCAUGGGAGUCUGAAUUCAAGACUGCUAGCAUUUCCUGAAUUAAAGUGGCAGGGGAGGAAUCACAAGACACUCAUGCCUUGCAUGCACACGACUGUACCCAUUAACAUGGGACAUAUCUGUUCUCUGCCUGUAGCCUACAGUGUAGCGAGAUUACCAAGCAAUCUGACCUCACAUUCUAUAUCCUUUCAAGUGGGGUUAGACUUGAGGGAGGGGCCCAGGCUCAAGCUGUUUUGGGUUCUCCUUUUCUGAACAAAUGCACUGAUCCUAAAUUAUUGCUACCUCAGAUUCCUGCAUUUUGUAUCCUCCACAUAAAACAGAACCACAGUUGUAGUGACAACUGUGUGUACAAGUCAGGCCUCUGAUGUAAUACUUCUGGGUUGUUGCAACAGUGAGCAAGGCUUGUGAAAUGUGUUUGCAACAAUGAGGUGGUGUGUUGGUAUUACCAUUUUAUGGGCAGGGGAAAAAAACCUGAAGGAUGUUCAGAGAAUCUAUGGCUGGAUGUAGCACUGGUACCAGCUCCCACUAGUCUUGAAUAUUGUUGUAUGACAAUGCUAGAUUUAAACAACUGGGCAGGCUAAAAUACCUUAUUCACAUAGUAUUCCAUCUGGCAGGCUUUACACUAAAACAGGAUUUUAGCUGCUGUAGUUACAGCAUUAGAAUUCUGUGUGUGUAGGCCCUACUGGGAAUUAAACCCAUCUCUUUUAAACUGGGACUGAGCCUUCGGGAUACCUGUAAAAACUGUCUAUUUUCAGGAUGUUUUUUAAAUAUUUAAAUUAUUGCUGUCUGGAGACAUUUGAUUAAUCUUUCAAUAUCAUAUGUAAUAACUACCUGACAGUUUGAUAUUUUUUAUAUUAAUGUAUAAAUAAAUUGGUGUUUCAACUGUC